AUGUAUUCCAAGUAUGAUUUUAUUAAGGAUCUUAAUCCUUCUAAGGAGGAGUGGAGGAUUAAGGCUAGAGUUGUUAGAACAUGGAAGGUUCCUAAUUUUCAGCAAAAAAUUUUUGACGACAACGUAGAGAUGAUUCUGUUAGAUGAAAAGGGUGGAAGGGUCCAUGCUGCUAUCAAGGGUUCUUUAAAUAUCCGUAACAAAAUUCACGAAGGAGAAUUUUAUUUCAUAAAAAAAUUUGGAGUUGGUUUGAAUAGUAGGAGUUUUAGGCCAACUAAGCAUGGUUAUUGUUUGUCCUUCAACUUGAGGACUGAUGUAAAAUCCAGUAUUGAUUCUGCUAUUCCCACCAAUGGAUUAGAUUUUGUAGAUUUUGACAUUAUAGAGAAGGAGUCUUCUGAUUCCCCUUAUUUAGUAGGUUUGUAG